CCGGCGUCCUUGGGCUCCGCCCCCGGCAGGGCCCCAGCCUCGGAACGGGGGGGGGGGUGUCUAUAAACGAGAACCGCUGCGGCGGCUCCCCCAUCGGCACCGGGACCAUGGCAGCCGCUCACACCCUGCUCCUCCUUCCCCUGCUCGUGGCCUCGGCCUGGGCCCAGUGCCCGGCGCCGGCGGACCUGAAGAACGCCGACGAGAGCAAGAUCUGCGCCCAGCUGUACACCGACGCCAGCCCCUACUACGCCCAGUGCUGCGGGGGCAGCGUGCUGCGGGUGCAGCCCGGCGACGACGUCCCCUACAUACCCCUCGGCUGGAACAACAAGAUCUCCUCCCUGGUGGUGGCGCCGCGGUGCGAGCUCAGCGUCUGGUCCAGGACGGGCAAGAAAGGCAACAGCCGCAAGUUCAACGCGGGGGUGGUAUAUCGGCUGCAGGAGAUCAAGAAGGGGCUCCUGGGGAACUGGGACAACGCCAUCUCCGCCUACUACUGCAAGUGCAACUGAGGUGAGGCCAGGGGAGAAGCAGUGAGACCAGGCCUCCAGCCGGGCCCAACCUUUAUCCCACUGCACACACCAAACCUUCCGCCGGGCCAAGCCUUUAUCCCACCACCAAACCUUCCGCCGGGCCAAGCCUUUAUCCCACUGCUAACACCAAAUCUUCUGCCGGAUCAAACCAUUAUCCCACCGCCUGCACCAAACCUUCCGCCGGACCAAGCCUUUAUCCCACCGCACACGCCAAACCUUCCGCCGGACCAAGCCUUUAUCC